CUAGUCACAAGAGAGCAGGCAAAAUCAGUAUACUUUCUAAUCCUUCUAGGUACACGCUUGGCCAACAUUUCUCCGUACUCUCCUGCCUAUUGCGAAUCCAGGGCUUCUUUCUGAAAAAUCUACCCUUUCGUAUCUCACACCAGAAUAAUCCAAUUUCUCCUUAUCAGUUGUUCUCCGAGCAAACAUCUCCUCUUGGCUAUCGCCAGCACCAGAAGCGAUCUUCUAUCAGUGUCAGUAUCUUAGUCUCGACGGGAGGAGUCGUGUCGAGGUAAUGCAUUCACUGCCAGCCAGCUAGCAAACCAGAUAAGCUACCCAAACAGGGCUGCGUUUAUCGGACUCUCAUCUUGUCCAUCCUUCUGCACUGGUGGAGCCUGCAUACCAGAAGGCAGAUGCAUCUCCGACUGAUCAGUUGCUGAUUGGCAACUCGUGCGAGUUGACACGGACAGAAGUGAGGCCGUUCGCGGUUCGAACUCUCUGUUUUCGUUGAAGUUACGUCGGUCGCGAUGAAGAACGAUAAAAUCUUUCACGAGAGGAGCCUCCUGGUGCAGUCGCUGAAGAUUGCCAGCAAUUUGGACCGGAAAAAAUCGCUUUCGACCUCGAUCAUCCCAACACAGAACCAGAAUUAUUUGUGCGUACCGCUGUUGCAUAAUGGCCUGCAUCCACAAAAAGUGUCGGAAGAACCGAAAUCCAUCGACUACGAAGCCAUUGUCGUGCAUUCACACAUCGAGAGGAAGUCCACGUAUCAAUCAAUCACGCGAAGCAUAUCACAGUCUACGUUAACGAUACCGGAGAACUACAGUUUCACAUCGGUGCAGAUUCAACUGUACAAACGAAGAUGGGCGAUGUUGGCGUUGGGGAUGAUGAGCAUUGCGAUCUCCUAUGUGCAGUGGAUUCAGUACAGUAUUGUGGCGAAUGUUGUGAUGAAGUAUUACGAUGUAACGUCGGUGUGGGUCGAUUGGACGUCAAUGAUUUUCAUGGUGGUCUACAUAAUAUGCGUCUUUCCGGUUACAUACAUCAUGGACGUGCGGAAUAUGCGACAGACAGCGGUCAUAGGAUCGGUGGGGACCGCCAUAGGAGCGUGGAUCAAAGUGUUCUCUGUCAAUCAAAAUCAGUUCCAGAUGGUGCUGCUGGGGCAAACCGUUUCAGCAUUUUCGCAAGUGUUCUUAAUGAGUAUUCCGUCAAGAUUGGCGUCAACGUGGUUCUCACCUGACGAAGCGUCAUCAGUGUGUGCAUUUGGAGUGUUUGCUGCGCAGUUGGGUAUCGCUAUAGGAUUCUUCUUCACUCCGAUCGUCAUCAGCAACAGCGAUGACGUUGACGAGAUAGGAGUGAAUCUGAAGAUCUUUCUGAUGGCGGUAGCCGGAAUAUCGACCAUGAUAGCGUGUAUGGUGAUCGCGGUAUUCAAAUCAGCUCCCCAGUUCGCGCCAAGUCACGUGCAAGCCCUCCAGCGAACAAUGAAGCCGAAGAUGGAAGAUUACUGGCCUGCAGUCAGCAGAUUGAUGCAGAACGACAACUACUUGAUCUUGGUGAUCGCAUACGGGAUCAACUGCGGAAUUUUCAACGCCUUCUCGACACUGCUGAAUCAAAUAGUCAUGAACUAUUUCCCAGAUGGAGAAACCGAUGCCGGACGGAUCGGUCUGGCAUUGAUCUUGCUGGGUUUACUGGGGUCGAUGGUAUUCGGCUAUCUACUGGAUAGCAUGCACAAAUACAAAGCAACUGCCGUUUGGGCUUGUCGCUUAUCAGCGCUGACGUUGAUAAUCUUCGCACUUGCACUGGAAACGCGAUCGAAAAAACUCGUCUCGGUAGCGUCAGUAUUUCUUGGCUUCUUCAUGACAGGAUUCCAACCUAUUGGGUAUGAGUUUGCAUCUGAGUUGACAUUCCCUGAACCGGAUGGACCCGUUUCGGGCAUCAUGAACAUCUCCACGCAAGUCUUCGGCAUUGUCAUCACGUUGCUCAUAUCCGGUAUCCAGCAGAUCCUAGGGGACUUCGUUGGAAAUAUGGUAUUCGCAGCAUUUCUCAUAAUCGAUGCCAACGUCAUAACGCUCAUCCACUCGGAGCUGCGGCGGUACAAUACGCAUCGGCAGAUCGAGAACGAAGCUGCGCGAGAGCAUGCCGAGGAGGCCAUCAUACACUUUGAAUCUGCCAGUGAGAAUGAGGACGCGCCUCUCACCUUUAGGAUAGAUAGCACUACUGGUAGUGGUGGAGGCAGUAACAGGUGAUCGACGCCAGAAGAGAUCGAGUCAUACUUAAUUUUUUUUUCUCGAGUGGAGCUGACGCAUAUGGACGACUGCAAGCGAGAUAAGGCUGUUAUAUUUUUAUCAUAUAAGGUUUUUAGGAUCUAGCUUCGAGUAGAAUGGAUGAGUCAUGUAGGUGAUAACGGUAUCUUGAACCAAAGCAAGGACAUUCUGUUACUAAGAAUAAAGGAUGUAUGAUUGAGCUCAGAGCUGAUAGGACGUAUUUGCUCUGCGCUGCGUAAUGUAGUGACGUCAAUGAAUAUAGGUCAUGCGUUUGUAUGUGGUAUUUAUUGACAGUUUGAAGGUGAUAAAUAAAACAUGUUCACCACUGAA